CUGAAACUGAACCUAAAUCGGAAUUUGAAUCUGAUUCAGAUUCAGGUUCCAGUGUGUCCUUUAAGAGUGACCAGUCACAUGAUCGCUACAUUGAAUUUAAAGUCCAGCAACCGUCUGCUGCAGACAGGUUUCUCCACAUAAGUGUCUACUUGUGGGUGUGAGCCAUAGCCCUGCUCCCAUGUAGCAGGCAAGGAGGAGAUCCGGGUCCCACAGAUCCAGAAGCCCCGCAAGAGCAUGACUGCCCAGGGAGGCCAACUACAAAGGCUAUCUCACCAUCCACCUAUAGCUGAGGAGUGCCCUGAAUGGGGGUCACCCAGCAACCAUGGUUUGCCGCAGCAACAAGCCCGCAGGCUCCACCGGCAGCCAGCUACGCCAGACCAGACUGAGCCCCGGGCCCAGAGAACCGAGAUUCAAGAGAAAACUCAACCUGACAGACAUCCAUAAGGAUUUAAAACAAACAUAAUAAUAUUUACACUAAAUAAUAUUUCCUGAUAUAUCAGAGACAAAACUUUACACACUUAAGAUGAAGUUCUCUUAUAAACAGUGCAAAGCAGAUAACGUCUUGACUGUUAUCUUGUGCUUGAACUAAUUGUUCAUGAUUCCUCCACAGAGUGGACCAGGAGAGCUUAGAGGUUCCCAGUGGUCAGGUCUCCCAGCAGACUGAAACACACCUGGACUCCAUAUUUAUGCUGCUGGAGGACGACAUCAUCACUUUUGUGAAGAACGAGCUGAAGAAGAUUCAAACGGUUCUGAGUUCAGAUUACCCAGAAGGCUUAGAGAGUCAGGUGGAGGAUGAUGAGCAGAGGAGCAGAAGCAGAGUGUCAGUUGUGAAGAUCACACUGGACUUCAUGAGGAGGAAGAAGCAGGGGAAGCUGGCUGACUGUCUGCAUAGAAAACAUCUUGUUACAGUUUGUCCACGUAAACUUAAAUCUAAGCUGAAGAAGAAGUUCCAGUGUGUGUUUGAGGGGAUCGCUAAAGCAGGAAACCCAACCCUGCUGAAUCAGAUCUACACAGAGCUCUACAUCACAGAGGGAGGGACUGCAGAGGUCAAUGAUGAACAUGAGCUCAGACAGAUUGAAACAGUAUCCAGAAAACCAGACAGGCCAGAAACAACAAUCAGACAAGAAGACAUCUUUAAAGCCUCACCUGGAAGAGAUAAACCAAUCAGAACAGUGCUGACAAAGGGAGUGGCUGGCAUUGGGAAAACACUGUUGACACAGAAGUUCACUCUGGACUGGGCUAAAGACAAAGCCAACCAGGACAUCCAGUUCAUAUUUCCAUUCCCUUUCAGAGAGCUGAAUGUGCUGAAAGAGGAAAAGUUCAGCUUGGUGGAACUUGUUCAUCACUUCUUUACUGAAACCAAAAAAGCAGGAAUCUGCAGCUUUGAAGACUUCCAGGUUGUGUUCAUCUUUGAUGGUCUGGAUGAGUGUCGACUUCCUCUGGACUUCCACAAAAAUGAAAUCCUAACUGACCCUAGAAAGCCAACCUCAGUGGAUGUGCUGCUGACAAACCUCAUCAGGGGGUACCUGCUUCCUUCUGCUCGCAUCUGGAUAACCACACGACCUGCAGCAGCCAAUCAGAUCCCUCCACAAUGUGUUGAUAUGGUGACAGAGAUCAGAGGGUUCACUGAUCCACAGAUGGAGGAGUACUUCAGGAAGAGAUCCAGAGAUGAGGAGCAGGGCAGCAGAAUCAUCUCCCACAUCAAGACAUCACAAAGCCUCUACAUAAUGUGCCACAUCCCAGUCUUCUGCUGGAUCACUGCUACAGUUCUGGAGGAUGUGCUGGAAACCAGAGAGGGAAGACAGCUACCCAAGACCCUGACUGAGACGUACAUUCACUUCCUGGUGGUUCAGGCCAAAAUGAGGAAGGUAAAGUAUGAUCCACACUGGAGUCCAGAGAGCAGAAGGAUGAUUGAGUCUCUGGGAAAACUGUCUUUUGAUCAGCUGCAGAAAGGAAACCUGAUCUUCUAUGAAUCAGACCUGACAGAGUGUGGCAUUGAUAUCAUAGCAGCCUCAAUUUACUCAGGAGUGUUCACACAGAUCUUUAGAGAGGAGAGAGUACUGUACCAGGAGAAGGUGUUCUGCUUCACCCAUCUGAGUGUUCAGGAGUUUCUGGCUGCUCUUCAUGUCCAUCUGACCUUCAUCAACUCUGGGGUCAAUGUGCUGGAAGAACAACAAACAACCUCCCAGAAGUUCAAAAGAAGUCAAUCUUUCGACAUGCUCAUUCUUAUCCAGAGUGCUGUGGAUAAGGCCUUACAGAGUCCAAAUGGACACCUGGACUUGUUCCUCCGCUUCUUCCUGGGUCUUUCACUGCAGACCAAUCAGACUCUCCUGAGAGGUCUUCUAACACAGACAGGAAGUAGCUCACAGACCAAUCGGGAAACAGUCCAGUACAUAAAGGAGAAGCUCAGUGAGAAUUUGUCUGCAGAGAAAAGCAUCAAUCUGCUCCACUGUCUGAAUGAACUGAAUGAUUGUUCUCUAGUGGAGGAGAUCCAGCAAUCUCUGAGAUCAGGAAGUUUCUCCACAGAUGAGCUGUCUCCUGCUCAGUGGUCAGCUCUGGUCUUCAUCUUACUGUCGUCAGAAAAAGAUCUGGAUGUGUUUGACUUGAAGAAAUUCUCUGCUUCAGAGGAGGCUCUUCUGAGGCUGCUGCCAGUGGUCAAAGCCUCAAACAAAGCUCUACUUAGCACCUGUAACCUUUCAGAGAGAAGCAGUGAAGCUCUGUCCUCAGUUCUCAGCUCCCAAUCCUCUAGCCUGAGAGAGCUGGACCUGAGUAACAACAUCUUGCAAGAUUUUGGAAUGAAGCUUCUAUCUUCUGGACUGAAGAAUCCAAAUUGUAAACUGGAGACUCUGAGACUGACUGGCUGUUUCCUCUCGGAGAAAAGCGGCGAAGCAAUCUCCUCAGUUCUCAGCUCCCAGUACUGUAAACUGAGAGAGCUGGACUUAAGUAACAACAACCUGCAAGAUUUAGGACUGAAGCUUCUCUCUUGUGGACUGAAGGUUCCAAAUUGUAAACUGGAAAUUCUGAGACUAAGCAGCUGUUUCCUCUCAGAGAGAAGUGGUUACGCAAUUUCCUCAGUUCUCAGCUCCCAAUCCUCAAGACUGAGAGAGUUGGACCUGAGUAACAACAACCUACAAGAUUCAGGAGUGAAGCUUCUAUCUGCUGGAGUGGAGAGUGCACACUGUACACUGGAAACUCUGAGACUAUAUGGGUGUUUUCUCUCUGAGAGAAGCUGUGAAUCUCUGUCCUCAGUUAUCAGCUCCCAGUCCUCUAGCCUUAGGGAUCUGGGCCUAAGUAACAACAACCUACAAGAUUCAGGAGUGAAGCUUCUGUCUGCUGGAGUGAAAAGUCCACAUUGUAAACUGGCAACUCUGAGACUGAGUGUCUGUAACCUCUCACAGAGAAGCUGUGAAGCUCUGUCCUCAGCUCUCAGUUCCCAGUCCUGUAGACUGAGAGAGCUGGACCUGAGUGAAAACGACAUAGAGGAUGCAGGAGUUAAGCUUCUGUCUGUUGCACUGAACAGUACAUAUUGUAUACUGGAAACUCUGAGGUCAGGAUUCAGUCUUUGUCACUCAGCAUUAUUUAGAAUCUGUAUUGUAUUACUGAAUAUAUGUCUGAAGGUUAUAGUAUUAUCAGGAGCCUUUUAUAUACCUUUGGCUGGAUUAUUUCAAAUUACUGUCAGUAAAGGUUUUUUUUAUAAUACUGCAAUGAAUCCCAAAGUCCUUUUUGUUCAUGUUAUGUUCUCUAAUACAGACAUUAAAGAUACAAUUAAAAAUACUGUUUCAACUCAAACACCAGGAAUCCAGAAACAAGGAACUAACACUGAAACUAGAAACACAGGAAGAGACUUACACAGAUAAGAGGGUAUGCUGCAACAAAGGGCAAAGGAAAAUACAGGGCUUAAAUAAACAAUGAAGUAAUGAGGGAAUGGGAACAUGAAAUAACACAAAUAUCAAACCAGAAACACAAGAAACAAGGAACACUAGGGAGGUACAGAGACAAAGCCUAAAAGCUGGAAAAUCACAGUGAUCUAAAGAUAAUUUAAGGAACAUGAAAUACAAAAGACAAAACUAUGAAAACCCCACAAAAUCCCAGAACACUGAAUAAACAAAACUUAAACGCGGAGUCAUCUGACCCUAGACCAUGACAAGUAGUAACAAGGACUGUAAAGAGAGACUAUAUCCAUUCAGAGAAUAUAUUUCUCCCAUAUUAUCUUGUUUUAAUUCCUGUUGAAUAUCACCGAGGGAAUAUUUUACCCUGCGCAGGAUAUGUUUACCAGGGCCCCGCCCUGGAGUCAGGCCCGGGAAGGGUGCCCAAGGGUGAGCGUCUGGUGGCCAGGCCUCAGUCCAGUUCAGUUACUGUUUUAAAAUCCUAACUUGAAUUGAAUGGAUGGGAUGAAUGAGGGUCCAGCAAAGAGAGACCUUCAGUGAAAAGCUUUUUAGAUUAAUUUUUAUUU